CUGCGUCCGUCCAGCCCUCAGACCGUGUGCCAUUGGGCUGCUUUAUAUUCUCAUCCUAGGGCCGCUCAUCAUCCGGUUCGCUUUGCCCUAGAAUCAAAUGCAGCUCUGGACCGACAACUUCGUUUGGUUUGACGUUACGCCGAACCAACGUAGGAAGGAAUAUUAAGGGAUGAUCGUUUAUAUUCACAGGAGUGUAUAUGGUCUAUCGUGUUCAUGGCGUGUCAGCAAACUGUCAUCUUCCGUCCUAUCCGUGAUGUUUUGACAUAUCGAUGUGUCGUUUGAAUGUGCAACAGGCUCCCGCCAUAUAUGCAUGCGGUUUAUGGAGACGAUGGGUCAUCAAAGGGAGGAUGUGUCCUAGGGCUCUACAUUUUUUUGCUUGUGGUCACAAUAUAACCAUUUAUUAAUGCUGGUCACUCACGACCAUGACUCUUUGAAUAGUGAUCUUUGAUCUGUACACAACUGAACAGCACUUCAGUUUGGCGAGGUCAUUUCUGUGCCAGAGUAUAAGGGAAUUUAAAAUGGCAACUCAAGUUACGGGGAGGAAAAGAAUUCCCAACCGGGAGAAACUAUCGGCGGAGGAUGAUGCGCUCAGUCAAAUAGCUCGAGAGGCGGAGGCAAGACUGGCAGCUAAACGGGCAGCCCGGGCAGAAGCUCGAGAAAUCCGUAUGAAGGAAUUGGAGAGGCAACAGAAAGAGAUAUAUCAAGCGCAAAAGAAAUACUAUGGGCUGGACAGCAAAUGGGGCCAUAUUGAACAGUGGAUGGAGGACAGUGAGCGGUAUUCCCACCGCUCUCGGAAACAUACCUCGAUAUCAGAUGAUGAGGAGCGGAUGUCUGUUGGCAGUCGGGGCAGUUUGAGGGGUAACCACACAGAUCUCUGCAGCAGCACCAGCAGUCUGCCUUCAGCCAGACUACAAAAUGGACGGCCCUCUGCGCUUUUUAGUGAAACCCCCCGUUCAAGAAGUCACAGGGGGUCACUGCAUGAAGAGAGUUCAUUCUCUGGCACUAGGCGUUUCAGUGGCUCCAGCGCUAGAGGCCCUUCAGACUACAAUGGCUUUCUGGGCUCCAGUUCCAGAGCUUCAUCUAGGGCGAGUUCAGCCCGUGCCAGUCCAGUGGUGGAGGAAAGGUCAGACUUCCUGGAAAAGGGGUCCAGGACAGCCUCCACCCUCUCUGCUGCUACUCUAGCAUCUCUGGGUGGAGUGUUAUCACGGAGAGGAAGCUGUGAUACCUCGAUUUCAGCUGACACUGAGGCCUCCAUACGGGAAAUGAAGGACUCCCUAGUAGAGGUGGAGGAGAAGUACCGUAAGGCCAUGGUGUCCAAUGCUCAGCUGGACAAUGAGAAGACAAACCUGAUGUAUCAGGUGGACACACUGAGAGACACUCUGAUGGAGCUGGAGGAAAUUCUGUGUGAGACACGCAGAGAGUGUGAGGAGAAAAACAGGGAGUGUGAGCGAGAACGUCAUGCCCACAAUAUCCUGAAGAUCCAGUUUGAGGAGAUGAAGGAAACACUGAAGCAGAGUGAAGAGUUGUUGACGGAUGCCCAACAGUCUCGCGGGAAGCAGGCGGACUAUAUUAGGGAGAUUUCUGACCUCCAAGAAACAUUGGAAUGGAAAGAUAAAAAGAUCCGGGCCUUAGAGAGGCAGAAGGAAUAUUCAGACAUUAUCCAUGAUGAACGGGAGGCACUCAGGGAUGAGGUUUGCCGGCUUAAGGAUGCUCUAAAGAAACAUGGCAUUGUGCUGGGAUCUGAGGUGACGGCCAAUGGGGAGUUAGCAGACAGGGCGAUUGAUGGGGAAACAGCUUCCCGAUUGAAUCAAGACUCUCACAUGCCCACCAUGACUGGAGACGGCAUGUUAGAGAUCAGAUUAAGGAAGCUGGUGGAAGAGAGAGAGAGUUUGCUCGACCAGGUGCGGAAGCUUAAAGCUACUGCAGAGCAGAAACAGAAGAAUGGGACAGAAGAAACGGGAAGCACGGAUGAGGAUGACCUACAGAACGGUCUGGAUCCUCAUAUCCUAGAUCUGCAGAGGGAUGCUAACAGGCAGAUCAGUGACCUGAAAUUCAAGCUUGUCAAGUCUGAGCAAGAAGUUACUGCACUUGAACAAAACAUAAUUCGGCUGGAGGGUCAGGUGGGCCGCUAUAAGACGUCUGCUGAGGCUGCAGAGAAAGUGGAAGAUGAACUGAAAGUGGAGAAACGCAAGUUACAGAGAGAGCUGAGGUCUGCUCUUGACCGUAUCGAUGAGCUGGAAGCAAGCAACAGCCACCUGACGAAGAGACUAGAGAAGAUGAAGGCCAAUCGGAGUGCCCUACUGGCACAGCAGUGACGCCCGCCUGUGGCCACUCUGCAGUCAGGGCAUGAUUCCUCCAGCCAACUGGCAGCAAUGAUCUGCCACCCAUAUAAAACUAAAACCUUUAUCAAAAUCAAAUCAAAUUAGCUCAAUCAUAAUCAUGCUAGUUCAGACUUUGACAAAGUAAAUAAGGCUAACGGGCAUGAACAUCAACCUUCAUUUGCUUUCUAGUAGGAUUCCAAGCGGAGGACACAUCAAAAACUAAUUCUUACCGAGGCUCGUUAAAGUGACCUUUGGUUUGGAUUAGCAGAAUUCAGGCCCUCAAUGAGCUCUCGAUACUUUUUGACUGGGUUAGGGAUCUCUGUGUCUACAGACCGGCGCAGCACAGGUGGAGAUCAGAGUGUUGGUUCAGAGGGACUUAUCUUGCACUUUAUCUCUGCAUCAGUAUUCAAAUUUAUUCAAAUGUGUUACUCAGAAACUUUAACAUAUCUGUACGUGGAACCGUUUUGUGUAAUGAGAUAAUGGGAAUUGUUUAGUCCAGAGGUUAAAUGAAUGAAUGUAUGCUCUCAUACAGAGACGGUUGUGCAUUUUCUUGCAAUGUUUUGUGCAGACAGUUUAUACAACUUAUGCAGGAUAUGUGCAAUAUCACUUUGAAGUUUGGAAUUGUUAUAACGUCCAUUUUGUUUUACGCCAAAUCUGUACGUGUGCAAGUGUCGGUUCGUACUUAAAUAAGGUGGACUAGCACUUUAUGAUGUUAGUAAUUUUUGUUUACAUGCUAAUGUUGCGUAAACAUCCUGAGGAACUUAUAUUACGACAUGGUUACAAAAACUAUGAUCCAAUAACAAUUUUAAUAUAACUUCAUGGAGUGUGUUUGGGUCAAAGUAUUGAAUCAUUGUCCUUUUAUAAAUGUUCUCAGUGGCAGCAAUUCUUUGUUGCUUUAUCGAAGCACUCUUUUUUCUCUCACACAUAUCUAUUCAACUAAAGUGGGCCAAAUGAUGAAGAUACUUUUUUGUUUAAUAUGCAGGUUUUAGAUCACCUACUUGCUUUCCGUGUAUAAAAACAAAGGUUUUGGUCAUUGUAACAUUGUAAGUAGAAGUAGACGGACAGUAUAAGCGCAGCUGAUGAUCAGAAUACUGUUUUAUGUUCAAUUUAAACUAGAUACAAUCUGUAAUCUGAGUCUUACUUUCGAAAACAUGCUGAGUCAACACAAUAAAUGGGAGUGCAGCUGUUUUUUUGAAGCUGGUCAUUGUAGCACUUUCACUAAUGGUCUGCCAUUUCAAGAGUGUAUCAUUUAUCUCAAUGCAUUUGGGGUUUAUAGAAAUGAACAUGGCUUUUUUAAGAAAAAGAAAAAGGAAUUGUAUUGCAAUAACGCUUUUCAGUGUAAUUGACCAUUACAUUUACACAAAAAGUUAUGAAAACAGCUGUAAUAAUGAAUGUCAUGAUGCUGUAUCUGCUGGAUAAUUGGUUGUGGCAAGAAGAUGAUUCUUUUUGCUGAUUGCGAGCUUCACUUGUAUCCCUCCCCAGGGCUCUGCAACCAUUGGAGACAAUGUGCCACCUUGUUUACACACUCAGUGAACAUGGACAUACUGUCUCUUAAGGACUGAUAUGCUGAACUUUUGAAAUAACAGACAGCGACACACAAAUUACAUUGUUUACCUGUAUUACAGCUCUUCUGUAUGACAUGGCAUAGCAAGAAAUAAACUCAUGCAAUAACA